AUGCCGCGCUGUCUCAUGGCGAAGAAAUUUAAGGCCUAUACGUGGCCGGAGCGGCCGGAGCCUCCGGAGGAGGAAGAGGAGGAGAUCGACGUGGUCGGGGACUCGCCUUCUUCUUGCUGGGGGCCAUCCAGUCCCACCGCCGGCGCCACGGCCCCCAGUCCGCCGCCCACGUCUCCGCACGGGACUACUCUUCUUUACAAUGGCUAUCUUCACGAGCUCUCGUCUUCAAGUUACUCCACCAACUUCGUUUCUAAAGCAGAAGUAUCUAGUCCCAGUCAACCUUCUUACGCCACUUUACGUACCGUUGUGGAAACGCAAGAUCUUCGAGCAGAAUACACCGCCCCAACUCCUGUCCCCCCAAAGCAAAAAAAAUCCCUAGCAAUGACGUACACAAGUACCGGAACCGCUUUAAGCUUGCCUCCAAAGAAAAAGGACAUCUAUCGGCCGUAUUCCCUAGAGGACAAACCCUCCCCGCCUUUCUUUCACCACACUAUCCGUGUACCCGCCGAGGAAGAUCUCCACGCGGCGCACGCCAUCUUGGAUUUAAGCGCUUCGACGACAGUAUUCCUGCAACCCCCCACUCCGCAAGUACAAGAGCAGCAUCGCCAGGUGGAGGCGCAUCAAGGUCAACAGGAGGCGACCAUUCCCCAACCUCUGAAAGCAACGGCACCCUCCAUGACACCUUCAUGUAAAACUGUGGCCUACACGUACGAAGCCUUUUUCGUAAGCGACGGCCGAUCGAAGAAGCGACACCAUCCCGACGAUCCCACCGCCACCUUAACGCCCAAGGCGAUAGUUAACGAGAAGCCAAAGUACACCUGCAGCGAAUGCGGGAAGCAGUACGCGACGUCCAGCAACCUGUCCAGGCACAAGCAGACGCACAGAAGUCUGGACUCCCAGGCUGCCAAAAAAUGCAUGACGUGCGGCAAAGCCUACGUCAGCAUGCCCGCUCUGGCGAUGCACGUCCUCACUCAUAAACUCGCGCAUCGCUGUGGGGUGUGCGGGAAGCAGUUCUCGAGACCUUGGCUGCUGCAAGGCCACCUUCGAUCCCACACGGGCGAAAAACCUUACGGAUGCGCACACUGCGGCAAGGCGUUCGCGGACAGGUCGAACCUCAGGGCCCACAUGCAGACCCACUCAGCGGACAAGAACUUUGAAUGUCCAAGAUGCCACAAGACGUUCGCGUUGAAGUCCUACCUCAACAAGCAUUUGGAGUCGGCGUGUCUUAAAGAGGAGCCGAGCCAAGUUCUGGGCUGCGAGGAGGACAAAUUGAUACCUGAAAUAACGGUGGCCACGCCAUUGGCGGUUAGGGUUUACGCUGGUUAA